UUAUCAUAUACACAACUAUUAUUGCCCUUUCUUUCGCACAUCGCACUGCAUCUGGUCGCUCGAAGCUCUGGAUACCGACACGGAUAACAAUCAUAAUAAUAAUGUCCUCCACUGAACUCAAGCGUGUACUCUGCCCAGGAGGUGCCGGUUACAUUGAUAACCACAUCUUGCUGGAACUGCUGCGAACUGGGAAAUACCUCCCCGUCGUCCUCGACAACGGGCACAACUCAAAGGCCGAGGCAUGUAUCGCCCGGGUACAAGAGGUCGCCAACGAGGAGCCUGGCUUGAAGGAAAAGUUCGGCGGCGAGAUCCCCAAGAUCGACCUCUACCAAGCCGACCUGACUGACCGAUCGUCCAUCGACAAGCUCUUCGAGGCUUAUGAGAGCAAGGGAAAGAUCUGGGGUGUUAUCCAUCUGGCUGCUUGGAAAGCUGUUGGCGAAUCGAACGAGUUGCCCUUGCAAUACUAUGAGAACAACGUAUCAGGUACCCUCAACCUCUUGCACUCUAUGAAGGAUCACGGGUGUCAGAACUUCGUCUAUUCAUCCUCGGCUACCGUAUACGGAGAGCCCGAGACGAUUCCCAUCCCGGAGACGAGCCCAUUGCAACCUCACAGCCCUUACGCCAAGACCAAGGUGUUCUGCGAGUACAUCCUCAUGGACCUCGCCAAGGCCGACAGUGAUUUCAACAUUUGCUCGUUGAGGUACUUCAACCCCGGCGGUGCCCACCCUUCAGGCAAGAUCGGCGAAGACCCCCAGGGUAAGCCCAACAACCUCCUUCCUCUCCUCGCUGCCAUCGCUGUCGGCCGGAUCAACGACCCUCUCAAAGUCUUUGGCGACGACUUCCCUACCAUCGACGGGACUUGCGUACGUGACUACCUCCAUGUCGUUGACCUCGCCCGGGGCCACGUCUCUGCAUUGGACGCUAUCGAGAAGGGCGCCAUCUACUCGGUCACGGGCACGAAGGGCAAGUAUAGGGCAUUCAACUUGGGCACGGGAACGGCUUAUAGUGUCAAGCAGAUGAUCGAGGCGAUGAAGGUGGCCAGUGGGUUCGAUUACAAGUACGACAUUGUGGGUCGAAGGGAGGGUGAUGUACCGGAUCUCACCGCCGAUCCUAAAUUGGCCCAUGAAGAACUCGGAUGGAAGGCCGAGAAGGACCUGCAAACGAUGUGCAAGGAUCUAUGGAACUGGCAGUCGCAGAACCCAAAAGGUUAUUGAGCAAGGGAAAGGGUUUGGCUGGGGGUUGCUUGUAAACGUACAAGGGGAUUCUAUCGGAUUGCAUCAUCUUUUGGGUUAU